AUGACCCAAACUGGACUUUACCUCUUAACAACAUUACCAAGUAGAACACAAACAGCAGAUGGAUUUGACUUUGAAAGAAUUCAAUCUAAAUCAGAAGGACUUGCUGAAUGUUAUAAAAGUAUGAUUCCAACACAAUUAAAAUUUGAAUCACUUGAUUCAUUAAUGACACUAUCUGAUGAGCUUGUAAGAAUAGACAGUUCAGUUGGAACUGUUGUAAAAAGAUUAUGUAAUAUAUGGGUUGACGUAAACAAGGAAAUUCAAUUUAAUGAUAAAUGGAAUGAAACUGAUUUAACACAAUUUAGAUGGGAUGAAAAAAAAUACCCAUUUACAGAAACAGCAAAAGUAUUAACAAAUAGAAUAUAUAAAGAUAUUCAACAAAUUGAAAUUCGUUUAAGAGAUUUAGUUUCUAAAUACCAAACUACUUCUAGAGAACUUGCUAUUGAAAAUAAAAAAGAAACAGGAACAUUAUUAACUAGAAGAUUAGACUCAUGUGUACCAAAUGAUGUUAUUAUAGAUACAGAAUAUCUUAUGACAAUAUUUGUUGUAAUUUCAAAACAACAACAUAAAGAAUUUCUUAAAAAUUAUGAUACAUUAAAUGAAUUUGUUGUAUGUGAUUCAGCAAUACAAAUAAUAGUUGAUAAUGAUUUUGAAUUAUAUCGGGUUGUUAUUUUCAAACAUGCAUUAGAUGAUUUUAAGAAUGAAUGUCGUACAUACCAUUAUUCAGUAAGAGAAUUUAAACGAGAAAUUGGUAAUAUAGAAUCAACUAAAUCAUCAUUAAAAGAAUCACUUGAAAGUCAAAAAACUACUUUAAUACGUUAUUGUGAAGCAAAUUUUGUUCAUGUUCUUCAUGCAUGGUUCCAUAUAAAAAUUCUUCGAUUAUUUACUGAUUCAGUUUUACAUUAUGGAUUACCAACUAAAUAUGAUUUAAUUGUUAUGAGACUUAAAAAAAGAGAAAACAAAAAAUUAAUGAAAAAUCUUGUUGGUAAACGUCCUACUAUUGGUACUGAAGUUAAUUAUUUACCAACUCGUGAAGAUCUUGGAUAUGAUCCAGAGGGAUCAGAUAGUACAUUCCCAUUUGUCUUUACAUCAGUUGAUAUUGGAUAUUUAGUUAAUCCAUUAUUACUAGUUUCAAGAUAA